AUGUCGGAACCUUCUUCCUCGUAUGCGAAUAUUCCCACCCCAUCGGCGGAAGAAGUCGACUCUCUCCCGUCCUCUUCAGCCGGCUCCAGCACCUCGGUAUCUCCUAGCGAAGACGAAUUCUACUCAGAUGCGGAACGAGAAUGGAAGGAGAGCUUGCAACAGUUGGAAUUGAUGUUAACAUUGGUCCUGAUUCCGUAUUUGGGAAAGUACUUUGGCCGGAAGUGUGCCUAUUGGGGUACGUGAGGGAUACACUUGUUUGCGGCAGGGAAGAUGGAGCUAACUGGAGGUAUAGGUUGGGCAAAGGUCAUGAAAUGGAAAUACCCGGUCUCUGUGGAAAUUACGAGUCCGGCUACUUUCAAGGGCGCUGGAGCAGUGCAGGCCGCUGCGUCGCUAUGA